GUACAUGAAUGAUAAAGUGUUAAAUAUCAUAGCCACGGAAUUGCAGAAUGACGAAGACGGUGCAACAAAAAUCAAGCAAAUAAUCGUUCAAAACUUGUUUGAUUUUGUUCGUCACGAAGAUAAAGAGUCUCGUCGUAGAAUUGGGGUCGAGACAAAAUCAUCGUCCAAUGAGAAUUUGGAUGUAGUUGCCUUUAAUGGAGGUGGGAAAGCUUAUGUCAAUGACGGAAUAUGCUCAAGUCUUAUCCAAAGGUUUAUUUCCAAAAUAUUGGGUCUUUGCUUUGAUCCAAACCAUACUUUUGCUUUGAUUUCAGUUCAGUUCUGUAAGCUUGUCUUCACGCUAGGAUACGAAAAUCCCAAGCUCUGUAUCUCAACUUUCAUUGGACUCGAAGCAAGUGAAAGCAGCAUUAUUCGAAACAAGGCACACGGGGUUUUAAGAGACUUAUUCAACAAGCACGAGAGUUUAUUUGAUUCCAGCUACUCCGAAGGAUUCAAAUAUGCCGUCGAGUACCGCUCUAGUAUUGCAGAUGGGUUAUCCACAUCGAGGUACUAUAUUUCCAUUCUAUACUCAGUCGUUUCCAAAACAGUACUGGCGAGAAGAAAGUUUAUCACGGCCAUCAACAAGUCCCUCCAAAACUAUAGUAGCUUGGAUAAACAAGAUCACUCACAAGAAUUUGGCCGGAAUUUCAUCUACUUCAUGCUACAGAACCUUGCGUCAGUUUCAUUCUUGACUCUCGAAGAAACAUACAUGAUAGCUGAAACCAUUAACAAUAUAUUGUCCCACCAAGGCUUGGACCUCUACGAUAAAGUCAAGGCUCUAGAGGAAAACAAGAGCAAGAAAGUUGUCUGCAUUCAGAGUCAGGCCAUGAUUUGUUUUCUCGAAUUCAACAGCUUUUUGAUCAGCAAGUAUGGCCUCAAUGUUGAGCGAAUCGCAAACUUCAAACUUGAAAGGAUCGACACCGAAUUGAGGCUGCACCCCAAAGUACAAAGAGAACUUGUGUUUGAUUUGGACGCAAGCGAUAUGAAGGCCGACCUCGAAGAGAUGUCUACUGUUGAAGCCAUUCUAGGAAAAUUCGUGUCAAGCAUGCAUUUCUAUAAUAAUAAUUAACUAUAGCAUAGAACCUAAUGAAUAUAAUGAUAAGUUCUCUAUUGAGUUCUGGAUUGUCGAUUUCUGGAAAGGCCAUUCUUUCUUACUUUACCUUUGUUCUUCAAUUUCGGUUUCUUCUCCACCCUUUUCCUGGACUUGGUUCGGACAUUUACUGACCUUUUGGCGACUUUUCUCCUACUACGGCCUUUUUCUUCAUAUUCAGGUGAACUUGAAGGUACAUCGUCUUUUGCCGGUGGUACAUACUCCUCUUCUUCAAUGAGCUUGGGAGGUGCAAACGGGUCGAUAAUCAAAGAGUAGCCAUUGUUCAAUGCUAACUUGAUAACUCCACCAUAAGUUUCCAAACGUUCUUUCUUUCGUCUUGCCUUUAACUCUGAGAGUGGUAUGUUAUACUCCUUGUCUUCAGAAUCACGGGGCAAGCCAUGUUUAUAAUGCUUGAUUUCUUGUUUCAACUCCUCUUGACGUCUUUUCCACGUCUGAAACUUUUGUAGUCUUCUAUCAAUUUCGGCAACAGUGAGCUUUCUCUUCUCUAUAAGCUCGUUCUCGUCCCCCGGGUCAUUGAUUCGAGUGAUGGUUGGAAGAACAGACGCCCAGUUGUUGUUCAAAAGC